UGCAGUAUGGAGCUGUGAGCCUGCACACCACCACCAUGCAUCCGAAGCCUCAGUAACAAGAGCUGUAGCAACUAUUUUUUUUUUUUAAUUGUAGUUUAGCUGCAUAGCAUCUAGUAGCUUGCAGGAGGAAAAAUGAGUCGACAUUUUGCUGCUGCUUUUUGUUUGGCUUUAGUUUUUCUUCCUCUGCUGAGCAGCUCGUGUCCUGCACAAUGCAGCUGCUUCUUCCACAAACUGAGCGACGGAUCAAAAGCAAGGAGCGUGCUUUGCAACGAUCCAGAGAUCACUGUGGUCCCUCCAAAUUUCCCCAUCGACACCUCGAAGCUGCGCAUCGAGAAGACAGCGAUCACACGGAUCGCAAGCGACAACUUCCACUACCUCAACAACCUGGAGUUCCUGUGGAUGUCUUUCAAUUCGCUGAAUUCACUGAGCGUCGACAGUUUCCGAGGUCUUUACAACCUGGACGAGCUUCGGCUGGAUGGCAACUCCCUCACCUCCUUUCCCUGGGACUCUCUGACAGACAUGCCAAACCUGAGGCUCCUCGACUUACACAACAACAAGAUCUCCACCAUCCCUGCGGACGCCACCAUGUACAUAAAGAAUCUCACCUAUCUGGAUUUAUCCAGCAACACUCUGACGACCGUCCCUGCUGACGUUCUCACAGUGUGGCUGAGUGUGAAGCCAUCUCAGGACGCAGAUUCCUCUAAACUAAUUCUGGGUCUCCAUGACAACCCCUGGCUGUGUGACUGCCGAUUGUACGAUCUGGUCCAGUUUCAGAAAUCCCCAUCAUCAUCAGUGGCUCUCAUCGACACCCGGCUGCGGUGUGCUGAUCCUGAGAGCUUGUCAGGGGUUCUUUUCACUGAAGCGGAGCUGCAGAGGUGCCAGGGCCCUCGGGUGCACACAGCCGUGGCUCGUGUGCGCAGCUCGCUGGGCAACAACGUCUUGCUGCGCUGUGGCACAGUUGGAGUCCCCAUCCCUGAGUUGUCCUGGAGCCGUGCUGAUGGCAAGAAAAUGAACGGCACAGUUCAAGAAGAGAUUUCAAAGGAGGGCAUCAUCUGGUCGAUUCUGAGCGUGCCUGCAGUUGCUUACAAAGAUUCUGGGAAAUAUAUAUGCAAAGCAACCAACUUUGUGGGCACCGCGGACGCCAUCAUCUCUUUGGUGAUCACAGAUUCCUUUCGGUCAGAGGAAGCAGGUGGUGGCGUAUCGAAGAGAAACAGAGGGAAGAAACCUGGCGGCAUCGGAAGAGCAGCAUACCAGGAGAAACUUAUCGCCAGAUAUGUUCCUCCACCAACCACCACGGCUGCCCAGCCCAUCAUCGAACCUCUCAAUGGCAAAGGCGUGACUGGGAAGUACGAGAUUGAGAGCUACAGCGUCUCUGAUGGCGCUUCUGAGGGACGGGGCAAAGCAUCAGAAGCUGAGAAGCCAGUGGAGCUGGAUGCCUUGAGUAACUUAGCCGCCAAUGCCUCGUCCUUACAGCAAGCUCCUGAGAAAAGGAUAGUGCGUUCGGUGAAGGUGAUUGGCGACACCGACCAUACCGUCUCUCUGAACUGGCGAGCCCCCGCAGCCACAAACACCACAGAGUUCAGUGUCCUAUAUGCUGUAUUUGGUGAAAGGGACAUGCGUCGGGUGAACGUAGGCGCCGGAAAGAACCGGAUCACCAUUGACGGCCUUGUGCCAAAGACAAAGUACAUUGCUUGUGUUUGCGUCAAAGGCCUGAUCCCGAAAAAGGAGCAGUGUGUAAUCUUCUCAACAGAUGAGGCGGCCAGUGCCAGUGGCACUCAGAAGCUCAUUAAUGUGGUGGUGAUAACGGUGGCGUGCGUGAUUGCUGUCCCCCUGACACUGAUUGUUUGCUGCGGGGCGCUAAAGAAGCGCUGCCAAAAGCUUCUGGGGCGGCAGUCCAAGGAAAUUCAGGACUCAUAUGUCACGUUUGAGACCCUGGGCCCCGGGGGCAAAGCUAAAGGGAUGGAGGGUGAGUACCUGACCAGGCUGAAUCCUGACGAAUCAAACAGGCUGCUCUCAGCGAGGUCCAGUGUUGACUCAGAGGCCACAGCCAGGACUGAAGGGCCACCUAGCGAGUAUUUCUGCUAAAACCAAACGAAUGCCUCAACCUCCAGAGGAUGCACUUUGUUUUUUUGUUUUUUUAAACAGCCUGGGAUGUGAAUAGAUAAAACUGCUGUGCUCAGAGACUCAAAAGACUGAGAACACUGAUGACUCAGUCAGCUGUGGAUACAUGAAGUUGUUUUACAGCCUUGUGGGACUAAAACCCACCAUUCAUUUGGUGGACUGCAAAAAAGGGAAAAUACACACAAUGACAUGGUUUCCAUAUUCACAUGUGGUGUACAGUAAAUGUGUAAAAAUAACUUUUUUUAAAUACAUCAUGCAUUUUUUAAGGUGAUGUUUUGCAAAGGAAGAUGUUGCCCUAAAUUAUCUAAAACACAAUCUUUUUCUUCUCCGAGAUGUAACCUCUGCAAUGUGUUAAAAUCUUUAUUUAAAACAUAUUUAGAGAGAUCAUGAACCAGCAGUUAUUAGUCUAUUUUGUAUGUCAGUAUGAUGUUAACGUGCCAGGCUCACUGUUGGGCCAAGAACCCUAAAUACAGUAGCCUACAUUUUAUAAUGUGUAAAUAUCCAUGACCUGAAAUGUAUGUGUAUGUCUGAAUGUACUGUA